CUUAAAAAUGAUAGAGCACCGACCAGAUCAGGCAGAACUGGUGGAUCUUGUGCCUUCUUCACAGCGCCAUGGCGGAAGGCAAGCAAGAGAUGCCCCGAGAAGAUCAAGGUACGGCGCGCCGCAAGAGCUUCUACGGUUUCCUCCUCGGGAUCUUGGGCUCCGCCUUCCUCUUGGCUCUCGCAUUUCAGCUUCUCUUUCCUCGCGCGACCGACGCCCGUCCCGCUCCUACGGAAGAUGAUGCAAACAGAUGUGAUCUUUUCUCCGGAGAAUGGAAAAAAGAUUCUUCCCCUGCUUAUUCAAAUUCAAGUUGCAAGUUUAUAUCUUCUCCUCAAGAUUGUUUGACAAAUGGCCGAUUAAAUACUGACUACCUUUCCUGGAGAUGGAAACCAUAUGGUUGCAAAAUUCCUCCCACAGACACAAGGAAGUUCUCUAACAGCAUGAGAGGAAAAUCCAUAGCAUUUAUUGGCGAUUCUAUUCUCCGCAACCAGAUGGAAUCAUUGCUUUGUAUUCUCUCAAAGGUUGAAGAAGCAGUACUAGUCUAUCACGAUGAAACAUAUCAAUCCAAAACAUGGUACUUACCCUCACACAACAUCACACUGGGACUCAUUUGGGCUCCUUUUUUGGUGAACUCCACAGAAGCAAAGUCCAAGAAAGAUAUACAGAUUUAUCUUGAUGUUCUAGACCCAGUGUGGACCAGCCAAUACCAAAAUUACGACUACAUAAUGCUGUCUGGUGGGCAAUGGUUCCUUAAAGAAACCACAUUCUGGGAGAAUAAUACCAUUGUUGGCUGCCACUACUGCCCAGGCAAGGGAUUAAAGGAACUUGGUAUGGACUACUCUUACCGCAGAGCCCUUCGAUUGAUUUUCCACUUCUUAAGUGCCGCCGAUCACAAGCCGCUUGUAGUUCUGAGGACUUGGACCCCUAGCCACUUUGAGUAUGGGCAAUGGUACAGUGGUGGGAUUUGCAACAGAACAAAACCAUUCAAUGAAGGUGAGUACAAUGCUGAUCCUGUGGAUGCAGUAAUGAGAAACGUGGAAUUGGAGGAGUUUCAGGAAGGAUUGGUAAAUGGCUUGAAUCUGAGUCUUCUUGAUAUUUACCAUCUUUCACUUCUGAGGCCUGAUGGGCAUCCAGGGCCCUACAGAAAAUACCACCCUGAUAUAUCUAAGAAACCACAGGAGGACUGUCUGCAUUGGUGCCUGCCUGGGCCAAUUGAUACCUGGAAUGAGUUGUUGAUAGCAAUUCUUAUGGGAGAGGAAGAACUAAGGUCUUCUCUCUAAUCAACUAUUGGGUUCAUGCCUUUAACACAAGACAUUCAUGUAGAAUAAUCUGUUGGAUUAGGGGAGACCCCAUGGUCUAAUUAAUGUUUGUGUCUCAGUGCUUUAGAAUGAAAACAAUAAAAUGGAAUAAAGACGAUCUCAGAUCGGGUGUAUUUGUUUGUGAAAUUGAUAUGUUGAUGAUUGUUAUUUAAUAAAUGAGACGAUCAUUGUACUGCUCA